AAAAGAAGAAUGGAGUCAACGCAAAAAGAAGAAUCGAAAAAAGUUGAAUCAAUCAAACCAGAGGAGAUAGUUGGACCAGCAAAGGCUGACAUUCAAGAAAUUGAAUCAGCAAAGAAAGAAUCAAUCGAAAAUGAGUCAAUGAAAGUUGAAACUGUUGAAACAAUCUUAAUGAAAGAGGAAUCUUCGAAAAUUGAACCGAAAGAAACGGAACCAGAAAAAGGCGAACUAGCAAAAGUUGAACCUACUGAAACAAGAGUUGGAUCAACAAACGAAGAAUCUUCAAAAGUUGAACCAACAUCAACUGAAAACACAGAAGUCGAAUCGACAAAAGGCAAAAUACAAGAAACUGAACCAGCAAUAAUUGAAUCAACAGAAACUGAACCAGCAAAACUAGAACAAGCAGAACCAGUUCCAAUAAAAGUUGAAACUCAAAAAACAGAACCAGCAGUAAUUAAAUCAACAGAAACGAAACCAGAUAAAAGUGAACAAGCCAAGGUCGAAACUGAUGUAAUGGAGUCAACGAAGAAAGAGGAAUCGCCAAAAGUUGAAUCAAUCAAACCAGAGGAGAUAGUUGAACCAGCAAAGGCAGACAUUCAAGAAAUUGAAUCAAUCAAAAAAGAAUCAAUCGAAAAUGAGUCAAUAAAAGUUGAAACUACUGAAACGCUGUCAACGCAACAAGAAUCAAAAACAGUUGAACAAAUAGAACAAGCGAAAGUUGAACAUGCAAAAACGGAACCGAACAGAGUCGAAACUCAAGAAACAGAAUUGGGAAAAGUCGAACCAGAAAAAACAAAACCAAUUGAAAAUAAACCAACAAAAGCAGAAUCUACGAUAAUUGAACCAACAAAAUCAGAGUUAACGGAAGCUCAAUCAACGAAAAAGGAACCAGAAAAAGAUGAACCAGUAAAAGUCGGAACAGCUAAAACGGAGUCAACAAAAGAAGAAUCACAAAAAGUUGAAUCAGUAAAACCAGAGCAGCCAGUCGAAAUAACGAAAGAUAAAAUUCAAGAAACAGUGCCAACGAAAGAAAAACUCCCUAAAGUUGAACAAAAUGAAACAGAAUCAAUGAAAGAUGAACCAGUGGAAGUUAAAUCCACAGAACCGGAACCAACGGCGGUUAAAACAAAAGAAAUGGAAUCGAUAAAAAAUGAAGCAUCAGAAACAGAAUUUACAAAAGUCGAAAUUACAGAACCAGAGUUACCGAAAGCUGAACCAAUUAAAACGGAAGAAGCAAAAGAUGAACCAACGAAAGUUGAAGCUCCUGAAAUCGAAUCAGCAAAAGUUGAACAUGCAGAAAUGGAACCGAACCGAUUUGAAACUCAAGAAACAAAAUCAUCAGUAGCAGUAUCUACACAAAUCAUGCCAACCGAAUCGGAGUUGACUAACGCUGAAACAACAGAAAAAGAACCAGAAAAAGAUGAACCAGUAAAAGUUGGAACUAGUGAAUCAAUUUCAACGCAAUCACCAAAAGUUGAAUCAUUCAAACCAGAGAAGACGGUUGAACCAGCAGAAGCAAAAAUUGAAGAAACUGUAACAACAAAUAUAGAAUCAAUCGGAAAAGAGUCAACAAAAGAUGAACCAGUAAAAGUUGGAACUACUGAGUCAAUGUUAACGCAAGAAGAAUCAAAAACAGUUGAACCAAUAGAACCUGCAAAAGUUGAACAUGCAGAAACGGAACCGAACAAAGUUGAAAUUCAAGAAACAGAAUCGGAAAAAUUUGAACCAGCAAAAGUGGAACCAGAAAAAACAGAGCCAAGUGAAAAUGAAUCAACAGAAACAAAAUCUACAAUAAUUGAACCAACAGAAUCAGAGUUAACGGAAGCUCAAACAACGAAUAAGGAACCAGUAAAAGUCGAAACAGCUGAAACGGAGUCAACAAAAGAAGAAUCACAAAAAGUUGAGCCAAUAGAACCAGCAAACGUUGAACAGGUAGAAAUGGAACCGAACCGCUUCGAAACUGAAGAAACAGAACAAUCAAAAAAUGAAUCAACAAAAGCAGUAUCUGCACAAAUCAUACCAACCGAAUCAGAUUUGACUAACGCUGAAACAACAAAAAAGGUAUCAGAAAAAGAUGAACCAGUAAAAGUAGAAACUUCUGAAACGAUUUCAACAAAAGAAGAAUCACCAAAAAGUGAAUCGAUAGAAUCAGAGAAAACAGUUGAACCAACAAAAGUUGAACAUGUAGAAACGGAACUUGUAACAACAAAGAAAGAACCUGAAAAAGAUAAACCAACAAUAGUCCAAACUCAAGAAAUUGAACCAUCAAAAGUUAAAUCAAAUCAAACGGAAUCAGCGAAAGUUGAACCAAUCAAAAUGGAAGAAGCAAAAGUUGAAUCAACAGAAACGGAGCCGACAAAGGUUGAAACGAAAGAAAUGGAACCAACUAAAAAUGAAGCAUCAGAAGCAAAAAUCGAAUCUACAGAAGCAGAAUUAACGAAGGCUGAACCAAUCAAAACGGAACCAGCAAAAGUAGAGCCAAUUGAAUUGAUACCAGCAGAAUUCGAACAAAUUGCAGUAAAAUUGGCAAACACCACCGAGAUAGAUUUAAUCGAAACAGAAUCAGCAAAAGUCGAAUUAAUUGAAUCAAUUCGAGUAGAAGAUGAACCGACCAAAAUUGAGUCGUCGGAAAUAUUGCUCAAAACUGAAUCUUCUACAUUGAAACCAGCUGAAAUUCUUGAUGAAAAAGAAAACAUUGUCCAAAUUUUAGAUGAUCAAGUGCCUGAACAAACCGUAAAUGAUAAUACAGAUGAAUUUUCAGCUAAUGAAAUUCAUGUAAUGAAAACACAUUCACCAGUUUUAUUAUCCGAGCCGACACAUAUCAAAACUGGUUAUCACAGUGAUAAAAUUAGUGAUAAAUCUGAUAUGAUUGAGCAUAUCACUCAAAUUGACAAUAGUGAGAAGAAUGACGAUAAUUUGUCAGAAACCAUUGAUAAUGAACAUGCUGUGAUCAAUCAUAUAGAUGAUGAAAUUGAACAUAUAAAUGUGAUAAGAGAUGAAAAUGAAGAAAAAACACUGAAAAAGCCAACAAUAAAUCAAUCUUUUUUACAUCCGGGUGCCAAAUCCACAGAAGAUGAAAUCGAUAAUGAUAUCAACGAGAACAUCGCUACGGCACAAUUUGCAUCAACCGGACUACUCACUGUAAAUAAAUCAUUUUUACAUCCUAAUCCUAUGGAUAGUCUUGAAAAUCAUGAGUUAUUAUUAAAAUCUUCGGAACAGAUUGAUACAAAAGAAAUGAAACAAAUUCCAGAAAAUGAACCGAUGAAAGUCAAACCAUCCGAAUUGAAUUCAACAAAAGUUGAACCAUCCAAAACAGAACCAGAAAAAAUUAUGCCAAUAGAAACUGAGAAAGUUGAACCAGAAAAAAUUAAAUCGACAGAACUGGAACCAGAAAAGGGCGAACUAGCAAAAGUUAAAACAACUGAAACAAGAGAUGAAUCAACAAACGAAAAAACUUCAAAAGUUGAACCAACAUCAACUGAACCCACAGAAGUCGAACCGACAAAAAGCAAAAUUCAAGAAACAGAACCAACUAUAAUUGAAUCAACUAAAACUGGAAAUGCAAAUGUUGUACAAACAGAAUCAGUUCCAAUAAAAGUUGAAACCCAAGAAACGGAACCAUCAAUAAUUGAAUCAACAGAAACAAAACCAGAUAAAAGUGAACAAGCCAAGGUCGACACUAAUGUAAUGGAGUCAACGAAGAAAGAGGAAUCGCCAAAAGUUGAAUCAAUCAAACCAGAGGAGAUAGUUGAACCAGCAAAGGCAGAAAUUCAAGAAAUUGAAUCAACGAAGAUAGAAUCAAUCGAAAAAGAGUCAAUGAAAGUUGAAAUUCAAGAAACAGAAUCGACAAAAUUUGAACAAGAGGUAACGAAAGCUGAAACAACAGAGAAAGAAUCUGAAAAAGAUAAACCAGCUGAAGAUGAACCAGUUGAACCAAUCAAAAAGGAAGAAGCUAAAGUUGAACAUACAGAAUCAGUUCCAAUAAAAGUUGAAACCCAUAAAACGGAACCAGCAAUAAUUGAAUCAACAGAAACGGAACCAGAAAAAAGUGAACAAGCAGAAGUCGAAACUAAUGUAAUGGAGUCAACGAAAAAAGAAUUACCAAAAGUUGAAUCAAUCAAACCAGAGGCGAUAGUUGAACCAGCAGAAGCAGAAAUUCAAGAAAUUGAAUCAGCAAAGAUAGAAUCAAUCAAAAAUGAGUCAAUGAAAGUUGAAACUGUUGAAACAAUCUCAAUGAAAGAGGAAUCUUCGAAAAUUGAAUCAAUCAAACCAGAGAAGACAGUUGAACCAAUAGAACCAGCAAAAAUUGAUCAUGCAGAAACGGAACCGAACAAAGUCGAAACUCAAAAAAUAGAAUCGGAAAAAUUUGAACCAGCAAAAGCCGAACCAGAAAAAACAAAGCCAAGUGAAAAUGAACCAUCAGAAGCAGAAUCUACAAUUAUUGAGCAAACAGAAUCAGAGUUAACGAAAGCUCAAACAACGAAAAAGGAACCUGAAAAAGAUGAACCAUUAAAAGUCGAAACAGCUGAAACUAUUUCAACGGAAUUAGAUGUUGAAUCAACCUCUCCAGCAACAGUAACAUUAGCAAAAGUAGAAAUUCAAGAAACUCAAUCAGCAAAGAAAGAAUCAAUAGAAAAAGAAUCAGCAAAAGAUGAAACAGAAAAGGUUGAAAUUACUGAAACACUGUUAACACAAGAAGAACCUACAAUAGUUAAACUAACAUCAACUGAACCUACAGAAGUCGAGCCGACAAAAAGCAAAAUUCAAGAAACAGAACCAGCAAAAGUUGAAUCAACCGAAACUAAAUCAGAUAAAAGUGAACAAGCAAUGGUUGAAACUAAUGAAACGAUUUUAACAAAUGAAGAAUCAACAAAAGAUGAAUCAACCAAACCAGAACUGGUGGAACCAGAAAAAAUUGAACCAACGAAGAUAGAAUCAAUCGAAAAAGAGUCAACAAAAGUUAAAACUACUGAAACAAUGCCAACAAAAGAGGAAUCUUCGAAAAUUGAUCCGAAUGAAACGGAGCCAACUGUAGUUGAUACAACAAAAACAGACCCAAUUGAAAACAAAUUAGCGAAAAACAUAACUCAAGAAACUGAAAUAGCAAAAGUAGAACAAACAGAAUCUGGUCCAACUAAAGUCGAAACUCAAGAGACGGAACCAGAAAAGAUUGAACCCGCUGGGCAAGAACCUGCAAAAAUUGUAUCAACAAAACCAGAAACAUCGAAAGUUGAACCAAUCGAAACUGAACCGAAAAUAGAAUCAAUUGAAAAAGAGUUAACAAAAGAAGAACCAAAAGAAUCCGAAAGAAUAAAAGACGAUUCAGCAAAAGUUGCACCAACAGAAACUGUAGAAGCAAAAGAUGAAUCAAUAGAAGCAGAAUCUACGAAAAUCGAAUCAACAGAAUCAGAAGACAAAUCAGCCAAUGUUGAAUUAACAGCAACAGAAUCAACAAAAGUGGAAAUAACAGAAAUAGAUUCAGUCCAAAACGAACCAGCAAAAGGUAAAAAUCAAGAAACAAAUAUUGAAAUAACUGAAAUGGGAUCAGAAAAAGCCGAAUCAAUCGAGCCGAAACCAGAAAAAGUUGAACAGAAGAAAGAUGAAACAUCAUUAAACGAGCCAGAAAUAAAUGAACCAACAAAAGUCGAACGAAUAGAAUCCGAGCAAGCAACAGUUGGACUAACAGAAACAGAACCGGUAAUAGUUGAAUCGCUUGAAAUUCAAGAAUUAAAACCAUUUAACACUGAAACAACAAAAGCAGUUUUGGUAGAAGCGAAGUCAGUGAUAAACAAAAUUCCAGAGAUGGAAAUUGAACCAAGUCAAACGAAACAAGCAAAAAUGGAUUUAACCAAGACUGUGACAGUGGAAAACGGAACUCCAAAAACUGAACCAGUGAACGUUGAAACAACCGAAACUGAAGCAGCUAAAGUUGAAUACAUUGAAACGGUUUCAACAGAGGAAGAUUCAACGAAAAUUGAAUCAAUAAAACCAGAGACAGUUAAACAAGCUAUAGUUGAAACACAAGAAACCGGAAAAGCGAAUAUUGAAUCAAUCGAAAAAGAGCCAGCAAAAGUUGGAACAAACGAAAAUGAAGAAGAAAAAGAUGAAACGCUAAAAAUCGAAACUAAUAAAACGGUUUCGAUAGAAAAAGAACCAGGCGAAGCCGAAUCAGCCCAUCUAGAGCCGAUAAAAGCCGAAACAAAUAUAAAAGAACCAAUCAAAGUUGAUACUGCGAAAGUUGAAAGUAAUGAAACGGCUUUAAUGCAAAAAGAACAAGCAACAGGUGAAUCAACCGAAACUGAACCAGCAAAAGUUGAAACUAAAGAAGCAGUGCAAACAAAAGAAGAACCACCAAAAGUUGAACCAGACAUACCAGAACAAGCCGCAGUUAAGUCAACAGAAACGAAACAAGCAAAAAAUGAACCAGCGAAAAUUGAAUUAAAAGAAACAGAACCAAUAAAAGCAAAAACAGCGGAACUAGAGCCAGCAAAAGCUGUAACAAAUGAAAAUGAAGAAGAAAAAGAUGAAACGCUAAAAAUCGAAACUAAUGAAAUGGUUUCGAUAGAGAAAGAACGAGGCAAAAUCGAAUCAGCCCAUCUAGAGCCGAUAAAAGCCGAAACAAAUAUAAAAGAACCAAUCAAAGUUGAUACUGCGAAAGUUGAAAGUAAUGAAACGGCUUUUAUGGAAAAAGAACAAGCAACAGUUGAAUCAAAAGAAACAAAACAAGCAAAAGAUGAACCAGCGAAAAUUGAAUCAAAAGAAACAGAAUCAACAAAAGCUGAAACAAACAAAAAUGAAGAAGAAAAAAAUGAAACGCUGAAAAUCGAAACUAAUGAAACGAUUUUCAAAUCGACAGAAGCGGAAUCCAUAAAAUCUGAACCAAAAGCAAAUGAACCAGAAAAACAUAUACCAAUCGAAAAAUCAAAAAUCGAAAAUCAAGGAAUUCAACCAAUAGAAAUAGAGCAAGUGAUAGUUGAAGCUGCUGAAAUUAAAUCCACAGAGACAGAAGAACCACCAAAAAUUGAAAUUCGAGAUAUGGAAACAACAAAAGAGGAAACUAAAGAAAUGAUGCCAACGAAAGAAGAACAUUCGAAAGUUGAAAUAAGUGAAAUAGAUCUAGCAAAAGUUGUGAUUCACAAAACAGUGCUAGAAACAGUGCUAGAGAAUGAACCACCAAAAGUUGAACCAAUCGAAACUCAAGAAACAGAAUCUGUGAAUUUUGAACCAACCGCGACAAAAUCAGAAAAAGUCGAACAGACAAAAACUGAAAAAACCGAAAAAGAACCGUCAACAUUUGAACCACCAGAAAAUGAAUCAGCGAAAGUCAAAACUCAACAUGCUGAAUUGGCAAAAGAUGAAGUCCAAAUUAAAGAAACUGGUCCAACAAAAGAAGAGCUAUCAAAAGUUGAAGAACCAAGUGAAACGAAUCAAACAAAAGUUUUAAUUCAAGAAACAAUGCAAGAGAAAAGCAUGCCAAAAGAUAAAACAAUCGAUUCAGAUCCAGCAACAAUUGAAUCAAUAGAAACGAAACAAGCAAACGUUCAAAACACGGAACAAGAACCAACAAAAGUUGAAAUUACUAAAACAGAAUCAAUAACAGUUAAAUCAAGUAAAUCGAUGAAAGCUGAAACAGCAGAAUCAGUGUUACCAAAAGUUGAAGCAACAGAUAAACUUCCAGAAAAAGAUGAAUCAGAAAAAUUCGAGACAGUUGAAUCAGUGCCAGCAACAGUUGGGUCAACAGAAACGAAACCUGUAAAAGUCGACGAGAUGAAAAUCGAAAUUAAUGAAAUUGAACCGGUAAAAAUUGUAUCAACAGAAACAGAGACAGAUGAAAAGAAACCAACGAAAGGCGAAGCUCAAGAAACUGAACCAGCGAAAGUCGAAACUAAAGAAAUUGAACAAACAAAAGUUGAAUCAUCAGAAAAAGAAUCAUCGAAAGUUGAACCGAAAGAAAUGGAAACAGAAAAAAUCGAACGAAAAGAAACGGAGCAAGAAUCAUUCAAUGUUGAUUCCGCAAUAGUAUUAGCUCAAAUUGAUGAAAAAAUAACGUCAAAAAGAAGAAAUAACAGUUUGGACUGAAAC